AAGAUGCCCCGAGGAUUUCUGGUGAAAAGAAACAAGAAGUCCACGCCCGUCUCCUACCGGAUCCGCUGCUGUGAGGACGGCGACCGGGAGCUGCUGCUUUUCGCCAGCUGCGGCGGCGGCGGCGGCGGCUCCUCCCCGUCCCUCCCCGGUUCCGAGCGGGCUCCGGCAGCGCUGCUGGCCAGUGCGUCCCCGGCCCCGCUGCUGCUGCCGCCGCCGCUGCCGCUGCCUCCCCGAGAGCUGCCCGCGCCGCCGCAACCGGCCGCGGGCCCCAAGCCCGUGCAGUUCGGCAACCCCGAGGCGGUCUACCCGGCGCCGCUGUACAGCCCCACGCGGCCCGUGAGCCGGGAGCACGAGAAGAAGAAGUACUUCGAGCGCAGCUUCAACCUGGGCUCGCCAGUCUCCGCGGAGUCCUUCCCCACGCCCACAUCCUUGCUGGGAGGCGGGGGCGGCGGCGGCGGCGGCGCGGCAGCGGCGGCGUUGGGGGGGGGCACCUGCGGCGGGGACCCCCUUCUCUUCGCCCCUGCCGACCUCAAGAUGGGCACCGCCUUCUCCUCGGUCGCUGCUGCUGCUGGCGCGGAGGCUGGAGGCGGAGGUGGGGGCCGGGGCGCCGGCAGCCACCACCCCCCGGCCGGCAGCCUGCUGUCGGUCCCCGGUCCCGCCGCCGCCUCCGCCACCCUGCGGCACCCGAGUAAACGGCCUGCGCCCGUGCCUACUGCAGAGGCCGGUGCUCCCUCGGCCAAGCCGGGCAAAGCGCCGACCGCGAAAAAGCCAAAGGCCAUCCGCAAGCUGCACUUCGAGGACGAGGUGACCACGUCGCCCGUACUGGGCCUCAAGAUCAAGGAGGGCCCAGUGGAGCCGCCCAAAGGCCGGGCUGGCGGCGGGGGCCGGCCGCUGGGCGAGUUCAUCUGCCAGUUGUGCAAGGAGGAGUAUGCGGACCCGUUUGCUCUGGCCCAGCACAAGUGCUCCCGCAUUGUGCGCGUGGAGUACCGCUGCCCCGAGUGCGACAAGGUCUUCAGUUGCCCCGCCAACCUCGCCUCGCACCGCCGCUGGCACAAGCCCCGACCCCAGGCCGCCGCAGCCGGCGGGCACCACGCCCCGGGGACAGCCGCUGGGGCUGGUGGCGAGCCGAAGGAGGCGGGCGGUAGCGACCGGGACACGCCGAGCCCUGGGGUGUCGGAGUCAGGCUCCGAGGACGGGCUGUACGAGUGUCACCACUGCGGAAAAAAGUUCCGUCGCCAGGCGUACCUGAGGAAGCACCUGCUGGCGCAUCACCAGGCCCUGCAGAGCAAGGGGGCGGCCCAAGGGGCACCGCAGCCCCAGCCCCCACUCCCGCCCUCCCAGCCGGAUGACCUGCUGGUCUACCCCAGCUACCCGGGGUCCGACGGCUUGCAGCCGCUGCCACCACCCGAGAAGGCGGGGAAGGAAGCCGGGGGCGAAGGAGAAGCGUCGAAUCCCCUCAACAUGAGUGCCCCCGCCGAGUGCCAUCUAUGCCCAGUGUGCGGGGAGACCUUCCCCAGCAAGAGUGGCCAGGAGCGCCACCUUCGCCUCCUGCACGCGGCCCAGGUGUUCCCCUGCAAAUAUUGCCCGGCCACCUUCUACAGCUCGCCGGGGCUCACGCGGCACAUCAACAAAUGCCACCCCUCGGAGAACAGACAGGUGAUCCUGCUGCAGGUGCCUGUGCGUCCCGCCUGCUAGAGAACCUGCUCCGAACAGGAGAGAAGAGGAGAAGGAAAGGGAAAAGAGGAAGGAAGGAAGAAAGAAGAAGAAAAAUACCUAACCCCUUUUCCCUGUCAGAAAUAUCCACCCCACCCCCAGCGCCGAUAACCCCAGCUCCCCAGCCCCUGAAGAAGUGUGCCUUCGCUUGUAGAACCACAAAGAGACUGUGAGCCCCAUCCGUCGGUCCUUCAGUCCAUCAGUCUGUCCCCAGCCCUGCCCCUCCUGCUCCACCCCAAACUGCUUUCUUGGCGUUCGUAAAUGAAACGCGCUUGGUGGUGAAAACUGAAACGUGAAAAGUGUUGUCUUGAUCUUGUAGCGUGCUGGUAACCAACUCUUCACCCCCACCCUCCUCCCUCUCCCAACUCCAUUGUGAUUUAUUUUUUUUUUCAACUUCUCCUUCAUUUUCUCCAGGUGAACUUGUUCACAAGAGCUGGUUUAUUUCUGUUAAAAGGGAAGAAAAAGCUGUACACUUUUGUCUCCUUGUUGGUGUUCCUCCCUUACCCUACCCUAUUCCCCUUUCCUUCGGAUUUUUUGGAAGCUCAAAAUAUGUACCUGCUGAAUCCUUUUGCAAAGCAACUGUUUUUACUGCUAGUGUUCGAUGUGUUGACGGUCUUUAGAAAGUCUCCGUUUUCUCUUCCUUUCUACCCAUCUCUACUCUUUUCUCUACAUGUAUUUAGCCUACGGGUUGUUUUUAGUCAAUCUUAAGGAAUAAUGCCUUUAUACUUCACAGGCUGUAAAUUGAAUUUACCACAUGAUUAGCUUUAUUAUGGCUUGUGAACUGCUGGAUUCUGGCUUUACCUUUUUGUAUGUGAACAAAUCAAACUGCUUAAAAAAGAGUUUUCUUUAGUAUAGCCACAAAUGCCUUG